CAGCGGUGUGUUUUCAGUGUGAGAUCGAUGCCGUGCAGCCGCCUCCACCAUCACCUGUACGAGUGCUGAGCGACAGCAGCAGCAGCCUUAGAAGAAGAUGAAUUACUCACAGGACAAACUGAUGUUCAACCAAUCAGAAUACAACUCAAACACUGAUGACUACAACAACUCUGUGACACCAACUCCCGACUACGAGGUGUACGGACCUUGUUAUCACCAGAAGAACCAGAGCCUUGGGGAGGUGAUUGGUCCGUACGUCCACUCCAUCAUCUGCAUCCUGGGCCUCGUGGGGAACAGCCUGGUAAUCGUUACCUACGCCUUCUACAAGAGGACCAAGUCCAUGACCGACGUCUACCUGCUCAAUGUUGCCAUCGCUGACCUGCUGUUCGUGAUAUCGCUGCCGCUCAUUGUCUACAACGAGCUGACGUCGUGGUCGAUGGGGCCGGUGGCCUGCAAACUGCUGCGCGGCUCCUAUAGUGUCAACCUGUACAGCGGCAUGUUGCUGCUUGCCUGCAUCAGCACUGACCGCUACAUUGCCAUCGUACAGGCCCGCCGCAGCUUCAGACUGCGUUCGCUGCCGUACAGCCGCCUCAUCUGUGCCAUCGUCUGGGUCACCGCCUUGCUGCUGUCUGUCCCGACGUUCUACUUCUACAGCCGGUACGAGCCGUCCCACAACGAGACCUUCUAUUUUGACAAUUUUGAAUACGAGACCUCUGAUAUUCCGCCUGAGUCCUCUGAUAUUCCGCCUGAGUCCUCUGAUAUUCCGCCUAAGUCCUCUGAUAUUCCGCCUGAGUCCUCUGAUAUUCCGCCUGAGUACGUCUGCGAGUUCUUGUUUAAUGACAAGAGCACGGCCUGGACGAUGAAGGUGGUGGUCCCCAGCACCCAGAUCGCCAUAGGCUUCUUCCUGCCACUCCUCAUUAUGGUCUUAUGCUACACUGCCGUUAUCGUCACCCUGCUGAGAGCCAAAAACUUCCAGCGACACAAGGCGGUGCGUGUGGUGUUUGCCGUGGUGGCAGUGUUCAUCGUCUGCCACCUGCCCUACAACCUCGCGCUGCUCUACGACACCGCCUACAUGUUCGAGCAGCAGUUUUGUGAAGAAUCGGACACCCUGCAGGUAGUCAAAACAGUGACGCAGACCAUCGCCUACCUCCACUGCUGCUUGAACCCGGUGCUGUACGCCUUCGUCGGGGUGAAGUUCAGGAACCACUUCCGGAGGAUCGUCCAGGACCUUUGGUGUCUGGGGAAGAAGUACAUCGCCCCGCGCCGCUUCUCCAGGGUCACCUCCGAGAUAUACGUGUCUACUCGCCGCUCGGUGGAUGGAUCCAGUGACAACGGCUCGUCUUUUACCAUGUGAGGCCCCCCCCCGCGGGUUCAUCUGCGGAUCCUGAACCCUGAAGGUCUGAGGAGCUCAGGAAGAGACUCGAGUCUGUAAAUCACUUCGCAAUCUUGUUGCUUUAAGUUCUGAUUCUCAGUUGUCUCAGCAUAAAUCUCAGGGUUUAAGAUGAUUUAAUGAUCUGCUGCAGCAGUUUUGUCCGUCUUUCUUUUCUAUCAGUUUUGUUUUUUUAUUGUGAAAUACUGCAGAUUUUUACUUCUUCAGGACUUAAAAACUGUUAAAACAACCUGAGAAGGAAACAUCGCUCUUUCUCUGAACUCAUUUAAAGAGUUCAUAAAGUUUUGUUAGCAUCUGUUUUUCAGAAGGACUUUAGGGCCCCUGGUCUGAGAUUUGUAUUGUAUAACCUCCUAGAAAUGAUGUCUAUAUACUAACUGGUUCUGGUUCUGUCUGCAUUGGGUUCAUUUGUGAAUUGAAUUGAAUCAUUCAUGAAUUAUUCAGAGAAACUAGAAUCUAUUUUUGUUUUUUCUUUUUCUUUUUCCAGCAGUUUCAUUGCAAAAAAUCUUAAAAACUGAAAAACUACUACUAAAAAAAACAUUUUAGUUUAAAGUCCGGGAUGGACUGACUGAUCAGAUAUUCAUAUAUAUAUUCAGAGAUAUGAAUAUAAUAAGGAUUCAGUAUUUCUGGUUGUGUGGAAUAACCUUUAACAUGUAAUAAAAUAUAAUAAAAUAUAUUCAAAGUUCAAAUAUUCUAAUAAUUCAAAUUAUUUUCAGGAGAUAUUUUUAUUCUUUAAGCGUUGAGCUCUUUAACUUUCAGCAGCUGCUUCACUUUAAUCUGAUUAAAACCUACUGAGUUUGAACUUCUGGAGGCGGAUCAGUGGAUUUAACACUGACCUCUCGGUGACCUCCAGAUUCCACUUCCUGUUCCUGUGAGUUUUAUUUUUAUAGGAUUGAUGAAUGUAAUUUUUCUGUUCUUAUUGGCUGCUUCCUGCUCUGUU